AUGUUCCCCCCAGUUGAGCAAAAGAUCCUGCAAAGCAACCCAGAGUUUGCAAAGCUCUACCGCAUCAUCACCACGGCCAUCUUGAACCCUGAUGGCUCAACCAAGGAGGACGACGAGGCCAAAGACAGAGCCACAGUACAAAAGAACCUGGACAAACAUCGCCAGAAAGCCGCAAAGCACUACCUCCUAGAACGCGCCAUCGCAACCGCCGCGCCCCCCGAGCCCAAACCCUCAUCAUCAUCAACAUCCACAAGACUCUCCCGGGCCAGCGAGCGUCUCCAGCAGCGACAAUCCCAGUCCUCGGCCGAAUCCACCCCCGAGGCCCUCCUCGACCUGCUCCUCGUCCUCCCCUCGUUCCUCGAUGCCGUCGACACGCUGCCUCACGACUCUCUCACCUUGCUGCUUUCCAGCCCGCCGCUCUCCGACUUUGAAACUCUGCUGCCCGACCUCGCCGACUUGAUAUCGUGCAAUCUUCAUGCUUCUGCCCUGGGUCUUGCUCGCUUCGCCCAUCCCGCUACGAAUCCUACCUAUCUCCACCGUCACAUCGCUUCUCUCCCAAAGGAUUUCGCCGCUCUCAAUACGAGCCUAUCUGCUGCUGAAGAAGCACUGAAAGCAGCCCGUAUACGCACCGUCACAUCUCUCACCAGUCUCCUCCAAACCUUUGCAGAAUGCCUGACUUGCCUCAUACGAUCCCUCGAGGCAAAGCACGGCGUCAUUGCUCGUAGUUUAGAGCUUCGCGCGUCGGAUGUUUCGUUGGACGCGCAGCGCGCGGAGAAGCAGGCCGAGCAAGCAAUGUGGAAGCUUCGAAAAGAAGUUUAUACGCCAGAGAGUAUACUCGCGCUGCAGCAUUACGUUACUCACUUGAAGGACGCAAACGGACGCAUCGCGGAGAGGGCCCGGAAGCUGCAAGCCGAGAUGGAAGCUCACGAGGAGUAUUCUCGUAGCGAAUCGUCGGAAGAUGAAGAUGAAGGUAGGUCGUCGAGAGAUGUGCCCACAUUGUAUAAGGAUGUUGGGAAGCGUGUGGAAGAGGCCAAGAGAGACAUGGACCGAUUACGACUUUCAUGA